GUGCGUUGUCAGCUCUCACAGGGCGGACUGUGCUCCCCAGUACUGCGCUGCGAAGGCAAAGGUGACUUUUAAAAUGAGCAUCGAUUUGAGACGCUACAUCCCUGCCAUUCUGGUAGUGCUGGCUGUGUCUUCAUCCAUCGUCCUCAUUCUCAGCCUGGUGAGGAUCCAAAAUGUUUCCUUUGCACCUAACAACAAGUACGGGAUGGUGUUCGAUGCAGGCUCAUCCCACACCUCUCUGUUCGUCUACCAGUGGACAUCUGACAAAACGAAUGACACCGGAGUGGUCAGCCAGACGUUAUCCUGUGAUGUCCAAGGACCUGGCAUAUCGAGCUACGCCAAUGACCCUCCCAAAGCUGGUGUGUCCCUCCGGAGCUGUCUAGAGGACGCCCUGAAGGUCAUUCCCGAUGAGAGACAGAGGGAGGUACCAGUAUACCUUGGAGCUACAGCAGGCAUGAGGCUGCUGAGCAUGGAAAACAAGUCAGCUGCAGACCAGGUCCUGAAUGAAGUCGCUAAGACCAUACAACAGUAUCCUGUGAAUUUCCACGGGGCUCGGAUUAUUACAGGGGAAGAGGAAGGAGCCUAUGGCUGGAUCACCAUCAACUAUCUGCUGGACUCCUUCACCAAGCAGUACUCUCCCAAACAACGUGACUGGAUCCAUCCUCAGUCAGCCAAGAUCCUGGGUGCACUGGACCUUGGAGGAGCAUCAACCCAAAUCAGCUUUAUCCCCAUUGGUCCAAUAACUGACCAGACAAAAGCCUCUAAGUUCAGGCUCUAUGGGUUUACCUACACUAUCUACACACACAGCUAUCUCUGCUAUGGACAGAAUCAGGCGCUGAAACAGCUGAUCCUGAAAAUAACAGAAAACAUGAGGGCCCAGGGCUCCAUUAACCACCCCUGCUACCCUGAAGGAUACCAGGAAACUACCACAGCAGCUUCCAUUCACAGCAUGCCCUGCACUGCCUCUCAUGCACAGACCCCGUCCCAAGCCUCCUGGAACGCCACACUGGUGGGCACAGGGAAUGCCUCCGAGUGCCGUAUGACCAUCAAACAGAUCUUCAACUUCACGGCAUGCGGCCAGAAGGAGUCCUGCACAUUCAAUGGGAUCUACCAGCCCCCGGUCAACGGGGAAUUCUUUGCCUUCUCUGCCUUUUACUACACCUUCAGCUUCCUCAACCUGACCAGUGGCCAGCCCCUGGCCAUUGUCGAGGACACUGUCCAGAAGUUCUGUGCGAGAAACUGGACAGACUUGAAAUCCAGCUACCCCAAAGAGAAAGAUCAGUGGCUGCGAGAGUACUGUGCCAACGCCAACUACAUCCUGGUGCUCCUGCUCGAUGCCUACAAAUUCAACCAAACCAGCUGGAGCAGCAUCAAGUUCCAGAUGAAGGCAGCAAACACGGAUAUUGGCUGGACCCUGGGCUACAUGCUGAACCUCACCAACAUGAUCCCGGCGGAGGCUCCAGAGCAAGUGAAAGGGCAGCAGUAUGGGCUCUGGGUCGCUGCCAUUUUCUUCAUUGUCCUGACUCUGGCUUUCUGCCUCGUUGGCUUGCUCAUAUACAUCCUGUGGUAGGAGUCAUUCAGCAGGAGCAGAUGGCCAGGGCUUCAGCACCUCGCACCCUCCACUAAUGAGAGGCCUUAGACACCCUGUUAAAUGGAGACUUGAGGGGUGGGCACCCACGGAACAUAACUGACCCUACAGCAAGAUUUAAACUAGGCCCUACAUCACAUGAGGAGUGGGAGCCACUACCCCCCGAGGCUGGAGUUUUCAAGGUAUUUAGCCACCUAAAGAUGCUGAUAGGUACCUAGUGGGAUUUUUUUCAAAAGCAUUUAAGUGCCUAACUUAAAUUUUUUCACACAACUCACAGUCAAUCUGUGGAACUCUUUGCCAGAGGAUGUUGUGAAGGCCAAGACUAUAACAGGGUUAAAAAAAUAACUAGAUAAAUUCAUGGAGGAUAGGUCCAUCAAUGGCUAUUAUGGGCAGGGAUGGUGUCCCUAGUCUGUUUGCCAGAAGCUGGAAUGGGUGACAGGGGAUGGAUCACUUGAUGAUUACCUGUUCUGUUCAUUCCCUCUGGGGCACCUGCCAUUGGCCACUGUCGGAAGACAGGAUACUGGGCUAGAUGGACCUUUGGUCUGACCCAGUAUGGCCGUUCUUGUGUUCUUAUGAACUCCCCUUGAUUUCAAUAGGAGUUAGGGGCUUAGGCACUUUUGAAAAUCCCAUUAGGUGACUAACUGCAUCUUUGGGUGCCUAAAUACCUGUAAAAAUCUCGCCCUAGUGCCCCUAGUUGCAACCAGUAGCAGGCUCACAAGCCUCUCGCAUGAACCAAACAGUGGAGGGAACAAGAGUAGAGCAAAGCAUUAUUUUUCAGAAAAAUAUGGUUUAUUAGCUGAAAAAUCAACCCAAAACUAUUUGUGAAUUUGACACAAAUUUGCUGAAUAAUUUGGGCCCCCCCCCAAAAAUCAGGCUGGAGUCACAAGGGGCUUAAGUGCCGUUCACCAGAUGGCUGGAGUAGGAUCUGACUUCCUACCACCUUUACACUGAGUGGUCAGCGCACUCACCUGCAAUGUAGGAGAUGCAAGUUCAAUUCCCCCUGCUGUAGGGUGGAAAAUGCACUUGGAGUGUGCUUACCACCAGGCUACAGGAUAUCUUGGUGUGGGACUUUCUCAGUCUCUCCUGUUGAAACUGUUCAUUCCCUCUGAAGCACCUGACACUGGCCACUGUCAGCAGACAGGCCACAGGGCUAGAUGGACCCUUCGUCUGACCCUGUGUGGCCGUUCUUAUGAAACACUGUCACUUCGUACAACAUACUCGAAUAACAUGGGCGGCGGGUAUCGUAGGCACGGGGAAGCUGUGCCUCCCCAAACAGCCUAGCGUUGCCCCGCCCACGCUCCACCCCCAAGCCAGGCCCCCUCCUGAGGUUCCCAGCACUUUGCCCUGGCUGGAGCUGGCUGGCUUGCCUCCUGCAGGGACUCAAGGCAGCUGGUGCUAGGACCGUCCUGCCCGGUGCUCUGGGGCUGGCGGGGGUGCUCUGGGAUCCUGCAGGAGAGAGGGGCAGAAGAGGAGGGGUGGGGCCUUGGGCACAAGGGGAAGGUUCGGGGUCUAGCCUCCCCCACCAACCGGGUCACCGGCUGCCUAUGCUUGAAUAGUCAAUGGGUGAGAGAGAGAGACCAGCACAGACCGACUCCAUAGCCCAGUGGUUAGGGCACUCACCUAGCAAUAGAUGAGACUCAAGUCCCUGCUCCAAUAAAUAUUUAUACACAGUGGGAAAGGUUCAGCAGCCGCUACCUAGAGAGCCCUGCGUCAGUGGCUAGGGCCCUUUUCUGUAAAGGGGGGAGACCUGAGUUCAAAUCUCUAGCCCACCUCAAGUGGAGUGGGGGCAUCAGACCCAUUCUCCUAACGUCUGGGAUAAAAGUUGUAAGAAGGAGUCCUCCUCCGCUGGCCAUUGUGUGAAUCUAGCCCUUUUACAAUGCCUGAAAACAAAGCAUUUGGGGUCAAUCCAAACAAUGGAAAUUUUUGAUCCACUGGAAUUUUUGGAUUCAGCUUGAGCAGAACCAUAUUUUUGUGGGUUUUUUCAAAUUUUUGGAACUUGCAGAGAUCUGAAAAAAGUCAGUUAUUCACUGAGCUCUAAUAUGAGUCCCAUGCUCUCCCACCGCAGGUUACAUACAUACAUUGUCUUGAAUGGCACUAGCUACUGGUUUUUAACAAACAUUCUUGGGACGGGCAGGCCUGCGAAACCAUAUCUCUCUCUCUGCUCCCACACGUAGGGACUCUGGGCUGCUGAGGGACUCAUGCUGCUAGCCCUCCCUUGCACUGUGGGUGCACUGGUACAUGGUCCAGUAAUUCAUGCUAAGGGCUAUACAUUGCCAUGCCAGGCUUUGCCAGGACCGACAGGUAGUGCAAACCCACCCUAGCAGUUAGGAAGGCAUCACCUGAGUCUGCGGCAGUUAAAUGAGAUCCAAGCCCUAGCUCUGGUCUCUGGUAAAUUUAGAGCUGACAGCUGCUCGAUCCUGCAUUUGAUAUAACUUUAAUGAGACUUUUCCAUUACAAUUUAUCUUAUGAAUUUAAUCAAUGGCACAUUAAUUAAAAGGCGAACUGAGUGUUAAAGUGUUAGUGAGGAUUAGCAGCUAUAUCAGCAUAACAGUCGGAGUCUUCCCACAGGGAGUCUAUUCCCAUCUCAGUCCCCAGGGGGUUUUCCUGGGAUAAUGGGGCCUUCAGUGGUUCCACCUUCAGUGGUUCCUUGGCCUAGGAUCAAGUAGCACCUGGUUCCACCCUUGUGUACCACCCAAAUCCAGUUAAUCUCCAGUAGUUUCCCUCCCUCUGCUCACUCCCCCAGGCAGGUGGGAGGACUGUCCCCCAAAAAUCUUUAAAUGAGUCAGUAACGAGAGCCAUGGGAAUUUUGCUCUUGAGGGGAUGUUUGAAGGUUGGCCUCUUUGACAGUUCCAAUGGGAAAAAGGUCUCUGCACCAAAGAAAUCCAGCCAGGGCUCAAGUGGGAUACAAGUUUUUCCCUGGCCCAUGCACUGGAGUACAUUUCAUCCUAUUUCUUCUCUGCCUGCAACACCAUCUCCAUCACUGUCUUCCAUUCCCUGCCUUCAUUUUCUGUCAAGUUCUGUGAUUUGUUUCCUAAUCAAUAUUUCUGUUGCUAGUGCUAGGCCUUGGGUUUUACUUUCUCUGGAGAAAGUGCAGAGACUUUGCAUUUAUUCUUACUUUAUUUCAUUAGCAAACUAAUUUUUACAAGGAGCAGAGAAGAGAAACUGUGACAUGGUCUGUGUAAGUAAAUGCCUGUAAUUCUGAGGCAUAAAAACAUGAACCAAUCAAUAUAUCUAAAAGCUCCGACAUGGCACUCCUGGCUUCGGCUCAGUCUGAAGUCUGGACUGCAGGCAAAUAGCUGGGUGUCAUGAACUGCUGCUUUCACAGAGAUGAGAAAGACUACAAACCUUCCCAGGGUAAUCAGCAGUGAAAGCUCGUCUUGCCAAGGUGCAUAUGCUGCAUGGCUCCAGAGCGCCCUGCACAUCUGCAAUGUGUCAUCAUUGUUAAAUGGAUCAAAAGGAAGCCAUCAAUGGAAUCACCAUCCCAUCCCAGACUGGCUGACAGGGUCGUGGGUGUGUCCGUGUCUGCAUGGCUCUUGGACCAAUAGUCUAGCUAAGAACAAGAAUGAGCUGAAGAAAAGUAAUUGCUGUGCACAGAUCUCAAUACAAGGAUCCCCACAGGGCGGGCUCACUGUGCUGUCAUGUGCUGAAGGGCCACCUGGGAAGACUUCUUACUGCUGCUCAGAGAGUGGUGGCCUCUAAACUGUGGCCGUCUCAGAGCUACUUCUAGCAAAAUCCCCUGCAGCUCUCCAAACCCAGGAGUCCACAGCAGGGAGAUCCAGCCUGCCCCAUCCUCUCUGGGCCUUCCAGGGUGAGGAAGCUGAGGCAGCCGUGGAAUCAUCUGCUGCACUGUUGGUGACCCCGAUGAGAACUCAGGAGUGGUGUUGGCUUUGCUGACUCACUCUUUUAAACCGCAUUGCAGGCACCUCCAUUUAGCCCCUUUGGCAGGCCAGGGCUGCCAGUCACGUGUCAUGGCUCUGUCUGAACUUCAGGGAAUUCUGUCACCCAUCCUAAGGAUGGUCACGAGUAAAGAAUAUGUCUAUGAAGUUGGUUUGGAUGGGUGGGUGGCUGUAGGUUUAAUAAUAUUCUGUGUUACAUGGCCCAAGAGAUUGAUUCUGAAAUAAUUUCAAUGCCCAGGAAAGCUGCCCUGUCAUUGAUACAUUGAGGAGGUUAGGGCCAGCUCCUUCUGGUUUGACUACACUCCACAUACAAGCUGCUGUUACCAUUGUAUAUUGUUGGUUGUGUGGACAAUUGUUUGCUUGCAAGAUUCCUUUGAAAUUGCUGCACUCCCAUGGGUCACGACACUGUGUGUGCCCUCCAUGUAGCACAGCACAGCACUCCCGUGUGCUCUCCACAUAGCACAGCACGGCAAGUUCAGUCUUUGUUCAAUUACUGGGAGCCAAACAUGAUGAGCUGCUAAGACCCAGUGCACUCAGUAUGAGCCCUUGAGAAAAGCCAGCUAUACCAGGCCACCACAUUCAAAGGAAGAGGAGGUGCGUGGCCCUGGACAAAGAACACUGAAUUCCUGAUGGGAGGCUGUCACCCAGCGGCCCGUUGGUGGUUCACUUCUCUGUGUCAGCUACUCAACAGGCCUGACAUGUGCACUACACCUAACACGCUGGUGUCAUGAUAUUUACCCAAAAGGUGGCAUGAAAUAUGCCCUUGGACAACUAAUUACUCACCAUAUCAGUAAUAUUCUGAUGGCUGUAUGACCAACUUGCAAAAGCUUAUACAGCAGUGCUGAAUUCAUGACUCAAAUGUAUUUAAACUAGGCAUGUCAAGGAGAGUUAAUAAACCGGUCCCGUCCCGCCCCCCCUCAGAAAAAGGAAUGUGGUUCCGCCAGCUUGACUGGGUCUCCAUGUAACUGGAGCAAGGUGUGACCAAAGACAAAGAAAAGCACAUCUGCGUGGCAGGCAAACAAAGCCGUCCAGAGAGCAAGUGGGGAAAAGGUGAGCAUGUAAGAAGCUCAGCAGAAGAUUGAGCCUGUACCCACAGGAAGGGUCAGUGACUAUGAGAGACACUUUUCAAAGGUUUACUGCACUAUAAGAGAGGGGCAGAGAACCCUCCAUUAUCCUUCACCUGAGGCGACAAAGCAAACCAGCGCCUGGGACGCUGGGGGAUCCCGGCUCAGAGCCAGCCAGCCAUCCCUGGAAAAGGAAGCUUGGUGAGGAAAUUACCUUGAACAAAGACUGUGGCUUGUUAAGCCAAAUUUUAGCUUCUUGUAGCCCUUUUAUCUUUGCCCUUUGUAGUUGAACUUACUUCAAACCUGGCUUUGUAACUGAAUAAACGGUUUUACUUUUUAUCUAAA